AUGUCCUCAUUUUUUACGCUUCCGGCGUCACAGAGGAAGCGUAAGCGAGAAUAUCCCGCUUCAGGCAAAGCGAGGAAAAGGCGGGAAGUUGAAAAUGCCGACGGAGCACGAGAGCAACCAGGUGGCCUACCCCGUCGACAAGGCAGACGACCCCAAGAUCGAGAUCGACAACGAGACGAUUCAAUAUCUGGGAGCGAAUCCGAAGACGAAGUCCAACCAGAAAGCGAUGUCGAGGAGUCAGAGGCGACUUCCGAAGAAGACGAGACUGCGGCUGAGCGACGAGUUAGACUUGCACAGCGAUACUUGGACAAUAUCAGGCAAGAGAUAGACGAAAACGGGUUUGACGCAGAAGACCUUGACAACGACUUGAUUGCGAAACGGCUGAAAGAGGAUGUUGAUGAGGCAAAGGGCAGACAGUAUCGACUGAUAGCCCAAAACUUGGAUUUCGCGAACGCCGCUCACACGGCAUUUCGUGCGAAUACCGAAACCACUACUAGCGUGGCAGCUUGUCAACCCUACGUGUACACAGUGAGCAAAGACAAAACGUUGAUAAAAUGGCAACUUCAACCACCGAGCACUCCCUCAGAUGGCCUAAAGUCUGGGGCUUCACGCCGACGUCGACCCAAGCAACUUGCAUUUGUGCGAGGCAUCAAGAUCAGGGCAUCCGCUCCCCAACAGCAUGGACAUACCUCGCCUAUCCUCUCUGUCGCUGCCUCACCAGACGGGAGAUUUGUGGCGACCGGAGGGGCGGACAAGAAGCUUAUCAUCUGGUCAGCAGAAGACUUGCGGCCCCUGAAGACAUUCACUACACACAGAGAUGGAGUUACCGGACUCGCAUUUGCGCCAAAAUCGGCUAGUGCAAGCGGCUUUGGUCAACAAUUGUUCAGUGCUAGCAUGGAUCGGUCUCUUAAAACCUACAGCUUGGCUGGCGAGGACAGUCUUGCCUACGUGGAGACACUCUUCGGUCACCAAGACCAUGUUGUUGAUGUCUCGGCCGUGUCUGUGGAUCAAUGCGUGACGGUCGGCGCUCGAGAUCGAAAAGCCCUCUGGUGGAAGGUUGUGGACGAAUCCCUUACAAAGUUUCUAGGCGACAGUUCUAGAAACGACAAAUACCAGGCUGGCAGUCUGGAUUGCGUGGCCGCCUUACCGCCACAGAACUUUGUGACGGGAUCUGACGCAGGCACCAUUAGUCUGUGGAGUAUACACAAAAAGAAAGCGAUUUUCACUAUUGAGACCGCACAUGGCGUUGAAGAGCCGCCUCCGCUUGAGGAGGUAGUCUCCGAGGUUGACCCAAAGGUUAUUGAGGCUCUAAAAAAGGACGAUAGGCGGAGACCAAUCCCCCGGGCUAUCACUGCUUUAGCGGCUUUGCCUGGCACUGAUGUGGUUUUGAGCGGGAGUUGGGAUGGCUGGAUCCGCGCAUGGAAACUCAGCGAUGAUAAAAAGACGCUUUUGCCUCUUGGAACUGUGGGAAAGACUGAGGAAACUUUGAAGAAACAAAACGCAAUCACCAAUGGCGAGUCAGAGCACGGGACAGGACUUGUGAAUGGAGAGUCCGAUUCGUCUGGCCAUGGAACCAAAGGCCCAGUGCGUGGCUUCGUUAAUUCUCUGGCAGUAUUUGAGAGAAGAAGAAUCAUCACCAAUGAAUUUGGAGGCAAGAAGGAAGGCGAGAGUCAAGGUCUGUGCAUUGUGGCUGGAACCGGCAAGGAGAUGAGGUUGGGGCGGUGGAGGAAAAUGCGUGAAGGACGGAAUGGCGCGAUAGUGUUUGAAGUGCCAUUGAAGGCGAAGCCGCAAUAA